AUGCGCACUUCUUUGAUGUCCAUGCUGGCCCUGGGCGCCACCAUGGCAGCCGCUGCACCGGCUCCUUCUCGUGUCUCGCAAAUGAAGAGAGCCACCUCCUGCACUUUCACCUCAGCUGCUAGCGCGAGCGCUAGCAAGAAGUCCUGCACCACGAUUGUGCUAGAUAAUAUCGAGGUGCCUGCCGGUGAGACACUUGACCUGACAGAUCUGACCUCCGGUACUAAGGUCAUUUUCGACGGCGAGACCACCUUCGGAUACGAGGAAUGGGAUGGACCCCUCAUUGAGAUCUCGGGUUCUAACAUCAUUGUUGCUGGCACCUCCAACCACACUAUCAACGGUGGAGGAGAGCGUUGGUGGGAUGGCGAGGGUACUAACGGUGGCAAGACGAAGCCCAAGUUCUUCUAUGCCCAUGACCUGGAUGACUCAACCAUCACCGGUCUGAACGUCAAGAACACGCCCGUCCAGGCCUUCAGUGUCGAGUCGAACAACCUCGUUCUCAACCGAAUCACGAUUGAUGACUCCGAUGGAGACGCGAAUGGUGGACAUAACACUGAUGCUUUCGAUGUCGGCGAGAGCAACGGUGUGACUAUUCGCAACGCUGUUGUGAUGAACCAGGAUGAUUGUCUGGCAGUCAACUCUGGCACAAACAUUGUCUUCACCGGUGGUACUUGCUCCGGUGGUCACGGACUGUCCAUUGGCUCCGUUGGCGGACGCUCCGACAACACUGUUAAGAACGUUACUAUCUCCGACUCGACUGUGAAGAACUCUGAGAACGGAAUCCGUAUCAAGACCAACUCUGGAACCACUGGCUCCGUCUCUGGUGUUACCUUCUCCAACAUCAAGCUUUCAGGCAUUACCGACUACGGCAUCGUUUUCGAGCAGGACUACGAGAAUGGCGACCCAACUGGCACUCCAACCGAUGGUGUUCCCAUCACCGACCUUACCGUGGAAAAGAUCACCGGUACCGUUGAGAGUGAUGCGACCGAGGUCUAUAUCCUUUGUGCUGAUGGGGCCUGCUCUGACUGGACUUGGUCUGAUGUUAGCGUGACUGGUGGAUCGGCUAGCGAUGAGUGUGAGAAUGUGCCAUCUGGUGCUUCUUGCUAA